GCGUACGCGCCGCCAGUUCAAACAUCAGCGCCGAACACCUAACCCGUUCGUCUUACCCUAUUAAUCUCACCUCACGAGUAUUUCGGCUCAUUCCAUACUGGAAAAGUGUAUAAGUUUACAUAAUUAUAAUUUAGUGGUUGUACGGUACAUACAAUUAAUAUGUGACUUCAAAGUGUAUUAUUUUGGUGCUGGAAUUGAUCCAAGUGUAUUGUGAACCUUAUUCGUCUAAGGGCGCCGGCCCUUUAUCUCUGGUAACUUCCACUUUCAAUGGAUGCAUUAUAUUCAAAAUAGAUAUGAAUAACGGAACCAGAAGAGCCUUGACAGGCUCAAUACAUAAAAUAAAAGAAUUCGAAUUAGAAAAGGUAUGCCUAGUGGAAGAAUUUGAUAUACUACAGAUUGUUGGAGAAGGAUGGUUUGGAAAAAUUCUUCUGGUAGAACACAGGGCUUCCGAUACAGAAAUUGUUUUAAAAGCUUUACCUAAGCCAUAUGUAUCAAUAAGAGAUUUUUACAGAGAAUUCCAUUAUAGUCUUCAUUUAAGUGCACACAGAAAUAUUGUUACCACUUUCGAUGUUGCUUUUGAAACAGCCGGAUUUUAUGUAUUUUGUCAGGAAUAUGCUCCUUUAGGCGACUUAACAUCAAAUAUGCUUGAUACUGGAAUUGGAGAAAUCCACACUAAAAGAGUUGCCAAACAAUUAUCUGCUGCAUUAGAACAUCUCCAUCAAAGAGAAUUAGUACACAGAGAUGUUAAACUUGAUAACAUACUCAUUUUCAAAUCGGAUUUUUCAAGAAUCAAACUUUGUGACUUUGGGGAGACGAGAAAAGUGCAGUCUGUUGUUCGACGGAGAAAUGAGUGGUUACCGUAUUCACCUCCUGAAGUUUUGACACUAACAGUGGACAGUAGUUACAAAGCACUAAUUACACACGAUGUUUGGCAAUUUGGUAUAGUUAUUUUCAUUUGCCUGACUGGGUGUUUGCCUUGGCAAAAGGCUGCGUUUGAUGACCCUAGGUAUACUAGCUACUAUAAUUGGUACAGUAGUUCAAAUCCCCUGAAAAAACAGCCAAAGUUAUGGAAAAUGGUUUCAUCAAGAGCCCAAAAAAUGUUUAAGAAAUUUGUUGAACCCAGAGCUUUUAGAAGAGCCACAAACUUUCAAGAACUUUCACGUUAUUUGGAUGACAGGUGGAUGGCAAAAGGCUACACAGAUAGAGUUGCUGGAGGUGAUAUUGAUGAAUUAUGUCCGUCUAUGUAUAGUUUUCAUAGUGAUCCAAAUGAGAAAAAUAUACUUUUGAAACACUUUCGUGAUAAUGGAAUCGAAACUACAGUUGAUAGACAAGUUAAAAAACAAAGAAUAAGGGAGUGGAUACAAAAUAGUGUUAUUGAGGAAGUAGACGAAGAGGAGGAGAGUAAUUAUGAACCAAGUGUCUAUGAUGACAGUGAUGUUGAACUUGAAGACAGAUCGAGACCACAUCCAAUAGAUGAAAGUCACAGGGUGACACUCAGAUAUGACACCGAAAAACAUAUUAACCCAAGAACUGGAGAAGUUGUUGAGGGUAUAAAACAUCCUACAACAGAAAAAAAUCCUCUAUCUUAUGAUGUACAAAACAUAGAACCUGUUGCUCCAGCAAACGUCGUCAGAAGAUAUGGUGUGAAAGAAGAUAUAUCCUCCCAUAGCUCUACUAAAGACAGUGCUUACGGAUCAAUGGAAGUUAAAGUUAAUACGACAAAAACGACAUCACGUAAACUGGAAAACAAACAAUCUACAUCAGUUGAAAGCUCCAUUAAACAUUCCCCUAGCAGAUCUUUAGGAGGUUCGUCUAUGCAGCUACAACCAUCGCCUUUGACAGCUCAUGCUCAAAGAAUACAAAGAAGUGAAGAAGUUUUUUCAAAAGAAAUGGAUAGUUGGAAUGGUAGCUCAUCAACGCUUCAUUCUUUAGGAAAUGCAUCUAAAUCAAACAGUGUUCAAGUUAAUAGAAAUAGCUUGAUAGAUACUGAAUCAAUCAUAAAUAGUGAUAUUAUGAAAGUCAAUGAAAGCAUUAACAUGGCAUCUAGAUCGAAUAACACAGCUGUAACAUAUAAUGGAGUUAGCUCCACUGUCAAACAACAACAAAAUAACGAAACUUAUAUCUCUAUGAAAAAUUCUGUCUAUGAUAACGUUCGCACUGAGAAUAGGACAAUUACAGAAAAUUCCUUACAUGGUCAAACUCUUGAUAGUCCUUACACAUCUAUGAUGAAUAUAGUUCAAGGGCAGAUCAAAAUUCAUCCACAUGCUAAUGAGAUUAAUAAAAAUACAGUUGAUGUAUCAGUAAAAGCUGUAAAUCGCAGUAAAAGGUCGGAUUUGCUCAAAUAAUUUAGAAUUAACCUUUUAUUGGGAAAAUUAAAUUAAUAUGUUACAGAAUCGAAGAUAGAUUUUACUUUAUGGUGAAAAAUAAUAAAACCAGCAGUCACGCAAUAACUUUCUCGACUAUGGAAUACAAAUAAUUUAAUGUAGUCCUGUCCGAGCCUAACGCAUGGCAUCUGCUGUCUAUUAGAUGUGUGUGCUCUUUUUUUAAGAGAACAUAAUGAUUACGUAUAGGGUGCACAGAGAUUGUCAGUUUAAAUAAAAGUUUACCGAUACUAGGUACCCAUUAAGAAACGGGGCGAAACCGCCUAUAUACCUUCCAGUAUACAAUAUAAUUAUAACUAUUUUAGGUGUUGCCUUUUCGGCUGUGAAUUAUAUUGUUGUGUGUUAUGAACUUUUAAUAGAUACUUAAGCAUAUUCUGUUAAAAAAUUAAACAGUCAGCAGUUUGUAGUGACUUGGCAUUUCGAGAGAAAAUUAACAAAACGGUUCCAUUUAGUUCUGAUUCAACAAUUAUUCGAUAAUAUAAUCCAAGCAGAACAGUACCUAUGUAACAUGAAGAGAAUUGCAAAUAUAUAUUUAUAUUUUAAAAUUAUAUUUCAACUAUUUAAUUAAAUAAUUAUAUUUUAUUAUUUUUAUAUAUGUCAUUAUAAUGUAAAUAAAAUAUAAAAUAUA